AUGCAGGGAUUCCAGCAGGCCGUGAGCCAGAACCCGGCCAGGCUGGGUUCUGGCGACGCUGCGAAGGCCCUCUAUGUCGGGAACUUGCAUCCCUUCGUUACAGAUGCUAUGCUGCAGGAAAUCUUCUCAACCCUGGGCCAGGUCGGCGAAAUCAAGAUCAUCAAGGACAAGCUGACAGGCCUGAGCGCGGGAUAUGGUUUCGUGCAAUUCCUAGAUCAUCGGGCCGCUGACAUGGCCCUGCAGUCUUUGAACGGGAGGGUGCUCCACGGGCAGGAGCUCCGAGUAAACUGGGCUUUCCAGAAGGAUCAGCGGGAAGACUCAGCUUCCCAGUUCCAGAUCUUCGUGGGGGACCUGGCUAGCGACAUCAACGAUAAGCUGCUGUGUGAGGCCUUUCAGAGCUGCGGCUGCGCAGAUGCCCGCGUGAUGUGGGACCACAAUACAGGGCGCUCAAAGGGCUAUGGUUUCGUGUCGUUCAAGACACGAGCCGACGCAGAGCAGGCGCUGUCACAGAUGAGCGGCACGAUGCUGGGGUCGAGGAGGAUACGAUGCGGCUGGGCGCAGCACAAGCAGGAGAACUCGCAGGCCAGCUUCGCCGCUGUCGACCGGGUGUCCACUCUUUCACGCGCACAGGCGGACCCCGAGAACGCGAACGUGUACGUGGGCAACCUGGCGCCGGACGUGUCAGACGCGGAGCUGCAGACGGCGGUCAGCCAGUUUGGGGCGGUGCUGGACGUCAAGAUCUACCGAAAGGGCGGCUACGCGUUCGCGCAGUUUGCCAGCCACGCGGACGCCGUGCGCGCGAUCGUGGGGCUGUCGGGGCAGAAUCUGGGCGGCAAGGCGCUCAAGUGCAGCUGGGGCCGGCACCAGGCGCGCAAGGGCGGCCCCGGCGGCGCGCAGCUGCCGGUGGACCCGGCCUCCUUCGACUACCUGGCGCUGCAGCAGCAGCAGCUGCAGCAGCAGCUCGCCAUGCAGCAGCUCGGCUACGCCCCCGCCGGCUACGCUGCGCAGGUGUGCCCUCUCCCCAUGCACCACCCUCAUGCAAAACUGGCUGUCUGA